AUGGAGACUGGCAACUUGAGCCAGCUCGUGACGCUGCUUGGAGAGGGUGUGUCCUGGUACGAUGUUGAGCCGAAGAUUAAGCCAAAGCUUAAACAUCAAGCUAGCGAGUCAUUUAAUGCAACUGACGAACUGGUGGUUACUUUAAAGCAACAAGCGCAACAGUUGCUCGAAACUGAAGUGGCACGUUUCGAGGCGCAAAAAAGUAGCAAAAUGUCAAGUGAUGACAAGUAUUUGGCAACAAUGAUGAAAUCAGGUACUUUGUCCGAUCGCGUCGCUGCACUCACGCUCACAAUACAAGCGUCACCACUUCACUCACUCUUGCGUCUUGGCCAGCUUAUCACUAUGGCGAGUAAGAAAGCGCGACGGGAGAGUCUCAUGGCAAUUGAUUCACUAAAAGAUCUUUUUCUCAAUACUUUAUUGCCAAAUGAGGCAAAACUUCGUUUUUUUCAUCAACAUCCGUUGCGUGCAGCUUUGCACUCACCUGGUCACUUGGUUUUAUGGUUUUUUGAACACUGUUUAAAAAGUGUGUACACUCAACUUCUGAAUGUUUUGGCUUCUGGAAUGGACGAUGCCAUUGACUGUCACAAGCGUGCGUGUCUUCGUACAACUAAUGCAUUAUUAAAGGCUAAACCGGAACAAGAAGUGGUACUUUUGGCUAUGCUAGUAAAUAAACUUGGGGAUCCUGACCGUAAAAUUGCUGCGUACAUACAUCGAAUGUUGCAAGAAUUGUUGCAUGAUCAUCCAGCUAUGAAACGUGUGGUAGUAGAUGAAGUUGAACGAUUGUUGACACGAUCAAAAGUAUCAGAUCGUGCCAAAUACAAUGCUGUGUUAUACUUGAAUCAGAUUUAUCUUGAAAGUGGUGGCGUGGAUGCUGAUCUUGCAAAUCAUUUGAUUUUAGUAUAUUUUGGAUUAUUUACGAAACAAGUACAUAAUCAAGAUAAAGUGCCCAAAACGAAAAAUGAGCACAAAAAGACAAAAAAGAAACAUGUACCUAUUUCAAAUGAAGCUAUGGAUCGUAAAUUACUCAGUGCGUUGCUAGUUGGGGUGAAUCGUGCAUUUCCAUAUGCAAAUACAACUUCACUUCAGUUGCGAAAUGAGAUUGAUGCGUUGUUUCAAGUGGUACAUCGUGCUCAUCAUAGUACAAGUGUACAAGCAUUAAUGUUAUUAUUCCAAGUUAUGAAUAGUACUAAUUCCGUUUCCGAUCGAUUUUACACUGCGUUAUAUCACAAGUUACUUGAUCCAAAAGUACGUGAAACGUCAAAACAUACACUUUUUCUCAAUUUGAUUUUUCGAGCUAUGAAAGCAGAUGUAUCACCUGCACGUGUUGGAGCAUUUAUGAAACGUUUGCUACAAGUAGCUAGUAGCAUGACACCAGCUUUUGUAUGUGGAGUCUUGUUUUUAUUGUCGGAAUUGCUCAAAGUAAAGCCACAAUUACGAACAUUAUUAAAUCAACCUGAAAUUGGUUCUGGAAAUGGUCAUGAUGAUGAUAUGGAGCACUUUAAUGAUGUCAAGAGUGAGGAAGUUGAACAUGAGGAUGAAGAGAUAGAGAAUGAAAGUGAAGAAGGUGACGAUUUAGUGAAUGAAACAGAAAGAUCAGCAAAAGUUUUGGCUCGAAUGUUUGAAAAUGACAAAGAUAGUAUGUCUUGUCAAAACAAUGGGGUACACUUGAAUUCGACAAAGGUACAAAUGGGGUACGAUGCGAAAAAACGAAAUCCAUUAUAUGCUGGUGCAGAGAAAGCAUGUUUGUGGGAACUUUUGCUUUUUACUCAUCAUUAUCAUCCGUCAGUACAGAGUUUUACUCGACAAUUAAUUGAAAAUGAGCAUCAGAUGGGAAUUCAAAACGCUGGUGAUCCAUUAGUGGAUUUUACGAUGCAUGCAUUUUUUGAGAAAUUUGUGAAUAAAAAACCUCGUCAGAAAGUUUUGGAAACGAAGAAUUUGAAUGGAACGAAAGCUAAGAAUUGGACAUUUGUUCCAAUUAAUACGGAACGUGUUUUAGAAACGAAUGUUGAAGCAAGUGAUGAAUUUUUUUACAAAUUUUUUAAAGAACGUGCAAUUCGAGAAACUACACAUGGAAAGAAUCGUCGAAAGAAAUCGAAGAAUGAAAAGAAUGAAGAGGCACUUGUGGAUAUUGAAGAUAAUGCUGAGAUUGAUGCAUUUGCUCAAGAAUUGGCCGAAGGAAUGAUGAAAGAUGGAGAUUAUGAUGAUGAAGAUCCUGAUGUGAGUGGAUGGAGUGAUUUAGAGGAUGAAGAUUCGAAGGAAGAUGAGAGUGAUGAAGAGGAACUAGAGAAAGAUUUGGACUUUUCGAUUAUAGAUGCAGAUGAUGAGGAUCAAGUACUUCAAGAAGAAAUGCAAAGUUUCGAUGCUAAGAAAAAGAAACAGAUACUUCCUAAGAGUGGAGAAAAACGAAAAGGAAUGUUUGCUAGUGCUGAUGAUUAUGAUCGGAUUGUGAAGGAUGCUAUGACGAAGCAGAAAAAAGGAAACAAGACGAAAAAGGGGAGACGAGAAUAG